AUGGGUGAACUAUUUGAUGGUUGGAGCUGGUGGGUCGAAGAUGCGUUUCUGGUACAUUCACCUGAUGAACCUGAACCCUGGUUCAAGCCCUGGUACAUCACAAAAACUGAGGACGAUGAGCCUAAGCUCACAACAGAGCAAGAGAUUGAUCUCAUGAACGAACAAAUCAAUGUCAGCAAGGGGUUCGAUAUCGAUUACAAGCUGUUCCGCUGCCUUUUCAACUACCACCCUGUUGUUUUGGAUGAUUAUCAAUUCGUUGAGCCGCCAGAAACCAAUGUUGAUUUACUCAACAGGCUGUGUGAGAAAUCCAUUGAUGACUACAAUCAAGAAAACAAGACGGAAUUUGAGUUUGUGAAGCCACUUUAUGCCAAUUUCCACAUGUCUUCCGGGAUAAUGUUUCUCAUAACAUUUGAAGUGAAGGAUCCUGUUGACAACCUGGCUAAACAGUUCCAAGCUAGGGUUCGUUACUCUUUUUUGGACAAGACCGAGUUUGUCUUCUGCAGGCCAAGACCCACUAAAGAAGUUUCGACCGACGAAGAUAGCGUUGGAAAGGGAGGAUCGAUCAACGAAGACAGCGUUGGAGUUGCUGAAGAAAAUGCCAUGAAAAAUCUUUAG